CGUCACGGUAACACGUUAACAGACACAUCAGAUGUUGAGCAAAUAUGUCUGCUCUCAGAAUAUUUGCGACAGGACUGCGACCACUUCAUUGAACGACCAAUCAGUACACAUUUUAGGUAAGAUAAAAUUGGUGAACUUCUCGUGUUCGGCAGCACUCAGCUUCCGCAGCAUUAGUCGAAUCUUCUUUUCCGCUGGAAGGUUGGCGAAAUCAACCCGGAACAUAUCUUCAUACUUGUGGAACCAAGAAACAAAUGUUAUGCCAGCAUCAGCGUCAUAAUGAAACUCACUGAUCUGCUGUCAGGGUUUCUGAGACCAUGGAAACAAUGAGUGAAAACGAGGAGGAUAAUGUGCUCUACUUUUUGAAGCAAAAUCCGCAGUUCUUGGAAAGAUAUGUGAAAGAAAACUGCUCAGAGGCUCAACUGCACCACUGGAUGAAACAGAUUGGUCGGCUCAAGAAUGACGCAGAGAUUCAAACCACUACGAACGAUAUCGCUAGACAAUCAUCAGAAAAUGAUGGUCAAGUCAAGGUUACCGGCACGCGAGUCACCUCAGGACAAGGCUCACACAUAGUUCAUGCCGUUGCCAGCGCUUCGUUGGGCCCCUCACCCCAGCUAACACAACCAGCCAAGUACCGAAGGACGAACAGAGAUUUUAUACUUUCCCAAUUGAUUGAUUCCAUCUGUGAAAAUAUCUCCAUCGACGGGUUCACGUUGUACUUAAAGGACCCUUACGGAAAUGUCAUAUACCCGAAACCAGCAAAACAGCCACUAGGUGGAACUAUGACCAACCCCAAGUUGUAUCCUAUCGAAUCAAGGCAACUGCUAGCAUGUCUUGCGGCCGAGAGGAAGCAACUGAUGAACAGCGCUGACCUACCUAAGGGUGUCCGUGUGGCCGCAUUUUCUAUUGCUCCUCUAACGGAAGCAAAGCAUGUGCUAGCUCAACCGCUCUUGAAUGCCACUGAAGACAUAGUCGCCGUAAUUGAAGUGUACCGGUCACCUACGAGACGUGCGUUCACCAGUGCCGAGAUUCAGCUGUUACGUUCUAUGGUGCGCUGGGCUCGACUGGUUAUUGAAAGUGAGGAUAAGCUGGAUGUGUCGGAGAGGGCCCAGCGCCUAAGUGACUUCAUUUUAGAAGUCGUAAGGAACUUCUUUAGUCGAAUAAAAAACAUGGACAACGUCAUCAAGUCAAUAAUGGAACACGCCAAACAGCUUGUCAAAGCGGAGCGUGUUACGCUUUUCAUCGUGGAUCAAAAGAAGAAUGAGCUUUAUUCCAGCAUCUUGGAUAUGGGUGAUGUUACUUGCGCUAAGUUUGUACAAGAUGACAGCACGGAAAUUAGACUGCCUCUUGGCGAGGGUAUCGCUGGAUUCGUGGCAACAACCGGUCUCCCAGUCAGAAGUAAUGACACUUACAGCGACUCCAGGUUCUACAGAAAGGUGGACGAAACUUACAAUCAAGUCACGAAGUCUGUCUUAGCCAUGCCGCUCACUGAUGGUCGGGAAGUAGUCGGAGUAAUCGAAAUGAUUAAUAAACAUGAGGGAAUUUUCACGGAAGAAGACGAAAACUUGCUAAAAAUAUAUUCAAUCUACUGCGGUCUUGCUAUCAACGUGGCUCGGCAUCAGAACUGCAGUCAGUGGGAGCAUAAGCGGAAACUUCAAACAAGCAGCGUCAUCUACUACUGCGUAAAUCAACCUUGGUCUAUGUCUUCAAACGGGUUGCACACGAACGGUUAUUCACCGGAAUCCAGUCAAGCAACGAUGAUUCAGUGUUGGAGCUGAGUACGACGUCUACCUCAGCUUGACCACAUCAGUGUCUCAGUAUGCGGGCAACCAACAGCCAGAAUACCAUUCGGGCGCUGUUAAUUCAAUAACGCA